AUGGAGAUGCACGCCUCGGAGCCGCCAUCGACUGCGUCAUCGAACCCUCACCAGGCUUCGAAGCCUCAGCCAUCGAAGGGCCACCCCUCAAGUCAGACCGUGACGGUCUACGCUCCAGGCCAGCCUGCUCGGGUCUACAGUGCCUCGGCUGGUCCUACUUCGCAGCCUAUGUCCGGGAAGGAGUCGGGGAGCCACUCGUCUCGAGCUGUGAAGCCUCAACCUCAGCCUCCGUCUCAAAGUUGGGCGGACAUGUGCUUCCGGGCCUGUCCGAUGUGCGAGGAGGAGCAUUCGUUGGACAGGUGCUCCAAGUUCAAAGCUCUGUCUCCUACCGAGAGGAGAUCAUUCGUCGUUCUCAAACAUCGAUGCUUCAACUGCCUGGGGAAGCAUAAUAGGGAGAGUUGCCGGAGCCUCAACAAGACCUGCGUUGUGUGUCGGCAGAAUCACCACUCGAUGAUUCACAUCAAUCGUCCUCAGCCAACACCUCAAGGAUCCUCCCAGUCUCGUGACAGCCAGCAGGCUGUUAAGACAAUGCAGAAGCCUCAGCCCGGCCCAUCCAUACAGUCCACUGCCUCUAGGCCUGACAUGUCUCCACAGUGA